UCGAUUCAGUCACAACGCUCUCGCGUUCAAGUUAAAUAGUGAAGAUUUGUUGGUCUACUAUAUAUACGCUUUUUUUUCGUUUAAAACUAAACAAAUUGAAAAAAAAACAACCUCCAAAGUUUUGCCAUUGACAAUGAUUCAAAUAAUCAACGUUUUUGCUAUUAUGGCGUUGUUCAUUGCAUCGUCAAUUAUGUCAUUGGAAAUUGUGAGCCGUGAUGAAUGGGGAGCAAAACCACCGAAGUUGGUUGCAUCAAUAAAUAAAACUAUGCAAUAUGUCAUAAUUCAUCAUUCAAACUCGCCUAAAUUUUGCAAUACCUCUGAGCGAUGCAUUGCAGCAAUGCAAAACAUUCAACAAUUUCAUCAAAUUGAACGUGGUUGGAACGAUAUUGGUUAUCAUUUUGCGAUCGGAGGCGAUGGGAAAGUGUACGAAGGUCGUGGUUUUAAUAAAGUCGGCGCUCAUGCACCAGGUUAUAAUUCCAAUGGCAUUGGUAUUUGUCUGAUUGGCGACUUUCAGGAUGUGUUGCCCCCAAAGAAUAUGCUUCGAGCUACAAAGAACUUAAUCGAAUGUGCAGUUGAAAAAAAAUAUCUAUCGAACAACUAUACGUUGUAUGGACAUAAACAAGUUCGAUCUACAGCUUGCCCCGGACCAGCUUUAUUCAAUGAGAUUCAAAAAUGGCCACAUUUCAGUGAAAUUGCCAAAAUUAUUGACAUCGAACAAGAACCAAUGGGUCAAACACAAACGGUACAGCCACCACAGACACAACCAACUCAAGCGUAAAUUGUACGAAUACAAAGAUCACGAUCGCAAGCAAUACAGGCACAAACACAAAUACAAAAACCAAACAAUGCCGCUAGAAUCCGCAGAGCCGAUAGUUAGGAUGACUGAAAAAUCGAUAAGUAAUCUCAUUCGUAAUGGAACACGAUAUUUCACCUAUUAUUGAACAAUUUUUAU